AUGGACGAUUUUGAAUCAGCAUUUGUCGUGCACAAUACACCACUGCUCAUAAUAUCAGGAAUAUCCUCGGGAGAUAAAGGGGACUUGAAUCCAGACCGUGUAAAUUCUCCAGUAUCAGAUGCACUUCAUGUUGACCCUGAGGUAGUAUCUGCAUUAACUAAGUGUCUUCGAAAUGUCGAUGCUACUGAACUAGCUUGGAACUCCCAAGAGUUCGCAGGGAAGAAUAAAUUCCGAUUCAAAAUCGUCGGAGAAGAGUAUACGUUACCUAACCUUACAACGACACGAAAAGGGUCUACAAAAGUGCUGAAUCAAAAAUACAAUCAAAAUAUACACUCUAUUUUAUCUCCUCUUUGUCCCGACUCCGAAUUAUUUCCUGAUGGCCUAAUAAAUUCAAAAUGGAUUGAAAAGCAUCAAGAUUCCGUACCAAGUGUCCUCGUACGAUUCUAUGCUUUCUCAAAUGAUCCGAAUCUAUCGACAGUACACGACAAUCAACUUAAGACGGAUAUAAUUAAUUUAAAAAAAAAUAUAAGUCAAUCUGGAUAUAGGACCCGCUUUGUCGUUAUAAUUUUCUGCAACAAAAAAUCUUCUUCCAUUGAUAUUGAAAAUAGGCUUUCCAAAAUUCGCCGAGACACUGGAUUUGACACCAAAACAUCACUCUUUUAUUUUUAUCUAUUGAAUUCUUCAGCAGAUCUUGAAGGAUUUCUAGACACAAUAAUCUCUUCCAUUUAUUCGGUAUGUAUAGACUACUACCUAGAACUUAGUAAGCAUGCUCGAAGAAAGAAAAAUAGAAGUGCGGUCCCGCGCCAAACAGCUCCAUCAACAUCUGGUACUUCUCAAACUCUAUCAAUUCAAGGAUGGAAUUUCAGAUACGACUUUAAGCUCGGUAUUUUCGCAGAAUUUCGUCAGGAGAUGGAGUCUGCACAGCGACAAUACGAGGGUGCUUAUGAGGCUUUGCUUGGCCCUGAUGUUAUUGAAACAAUCGCUAGCUUGAGUACAAGAUGUAAAGAAGCUCGCUGCCUAGCUGAUAUUAUAUCUUUACGAAUAAUACGAUGCCAACUCUGGAAUGGCAACCACUGUGCAGCCGUGCGGCGAUGGGCUAUGCACAAGGAACGAAUGAAAGAUUAUGUUGAUCGAAGGGGUAAAGGCUCAAACACGUAUGGAUGGGAAGCUUGGGAGGCUCGCUGGUCUAAGUCUAUGGCUGAGAUGAUAAAAAAAGUUUCGAUACCUGAACUUGAAAGCUCAUUGAUAUAUUUUCCCGUCGAGAAAAAUAUUGCACUAAGUGAAAUAAUGCCGCCUUGGUUUAGGUUACAUCAUCCAGGAUAUUGGUUUCUAGCUGCAUCGAAACACAUCAUGGCACGACGACAGCUAGCACAACAAAUACCAGAAGAAGACAGGAUAAAACCUGGGUCUUCUGUAUCGAAGGCCACAAGAAAGGGGUAUAUGUAUGACACAUACAUGUGCCCUGAACCAUACGAAGAGUAUCCUCCUUCAAAGAUCCAUGGAACUAACCAUUCCUCGCUAAUACUCGACUUACUAGACAAAGCGAUUUAUGAAUUUGAAACGAGAAAACAAAGUCGAUUCAUACAGGAACUAAAGUUGCUCUAUGCAAAGGAACUUAUGUUGAGCUAUGCUUGGAAAGACGCUCUUAACAUUCUCAAACCACUUGGACAAACUAUGUCUUACAGAAAAGAAUGCUGGUGGAAUGCUGCUGGGGAGGUUCUACGUGCUACAAGAAAAGCAGCCAUGCAAGUUGGUGACGCGCAGUGUAUCGUUGCUGUAGAUUGGGAACUGAUGAACAACGAUUUCUCCUCUAACUCGGAGAAAAGCAUCGACCUUACUUGCUCUUUGGAGGGUUUAAAUCUAGAAAAAAAACCGAUAAUUGUGUUAAAAAGCGACGAGGUUCAUUCUUUCUUAACUAUGAGUUAUACUUUUAACUGUUUAGAAAGUAAUGUAGGUGAACUUUGCUCAUCACAAUUGAGCAUCUCUUCAAACUCAAUCAUUUCUAUGGCCCCAUUAACCAUAGCCGAUAUUAAAGUUAAUUUUGAAGGUAGCCUGAAAUCUAUCAAUAUCAAGCAUAAGGAAACGCUUGAAACUUCAUCGAGCUCAAAAUUGACUAUCUCAACUCAUGUUCUUCUCCGUGAGAUAUUGGAAGAUGGUUGCCUCACCUUAAUAGGAGAUACAGAUCUUAGACUACUCUCUGGUCAAACAAGAGUCCUCGAAUUUAAGAACUAUUUUCGUGAAUCUGGAGAAGUUAAGGCUGUAUCAGCUACAGCUUCAAUGUUUAUGAACCUCUUUGACCUCACCUAUGUACACAACUUAGCGAAUAAUAAUUCGAUGAGCAUACGACGAGAGGAGGAAACAAUCAGCAGAAGGUUGAUGCAACACAAUUGCUCAUCUGUCAAAGUCUUGCCAAAACCACCCAAGUUGAAAUUGGAGCUUGGUGAAAAACUUAGUCAAUACUUCAUAAAUGAACAGAUAUCUCUACCUUUGAAAUUGUUUAAUGACGAAGUAACUGAUUCUUUCGUUUAUCUUGAUGCCCAAUUACUCGGCGAAUCACUCCCAGAGAUGUCAAUUAAGAUAGACUUUGACCCCCAUAACUUCCCUGAAAAAGAGGAAGGAGACGAAAAUCUCGAUUUUCCGGGAAUUCGAAUCGGAAAAGUACUGAAAGGAGAAGUUGCAGUUGUCAAUAUAAUUAUUCCGGCCCUACAAAUUCCAGCAAAAUAUGAAAUUUCCAUAAAAGCUGCUUACUACCUAACUUCUGACAAAAAAGAGCCUGUUUACAAGACACUAGUAACUGAGUUUCAGGUAAUCUGUCCAUUUGAGGCAGAGUUCAAUUUCACACCAGAGAUAUAUCCCGAUCCAUGGCCAAGCCUAUUCUCACACAACGAAGAUGAACUCUCUAUCGAAAAUAAAGAUAAAAACUUCAAAGGUUUGGCACAAAAAUGGAGUUUGUCUGCCAAUUUCAAGUCAUCUGCGUCAACGACAAUGAUAAUUGAAGAUAUUAACCUAGAAAUUUUUCCGACAAACGAGGAUAUUAACUGCUUAAUCAACUUAGCAAUAAAAAUCCCAAAAGAAGGACUCCAAAUCUUACCAGAUAGUCAGGAAGAAGCACACUUUGAUAUUUCAGUUCAAAAACUUUCUCUUGAAGACCGUAGAGCUGCUACCCUGGAAAUGUUCUUUAUUCUUUUAUGGCGUCGCGAUAACCAAAGCUCAUUGAUAAACCGCACAGUACUUUCUGUUCCCCAGUGUCAUGUUUUAAGUAGCGAGCCACGCGUCCUUGCAGCCGUCUCCUCUUCUUCGGUAUCUCCGAUUAUAUGUCUUGAUUUAGUUAUCGAAAAUCCAUCCAGCCAUUUUCUCUCCUUUGGAAUGAAUAUCGAGCCUUGUGAAAAAGUGGCAUUUUCAGGAAAUAAACAGAGAACGUUACAACUGCUUCCUCUGAGCCGUAAAAAAGUACAAUUUCGAUUACUACCUAGUAUGAGAAGUGAAUGGAUUGGGCCUAUUCGAUGUACUAUCCGGGAUCGAUACUUUCAAAAAGUGUUGAAAGUCUCGCCUAAUCGGAAAUUGAGGAGUGAUAAGGACGGAAUUAUGAUUCGGGUACCAACAGAACGACUUUAA